GGGGAGUCCCGCGACCGGCUGCUGGCCGACGGCGUGUGCGACAAGUACAACGUGCCCUCCGUCAGCUCCAUCAGCCGCAUCCUGCGCAAUAAGAUCGGCAGCCUCUCGCAGCCCGGCCUCUACGACAGCAAGCCCGGCCCGCCGCCGGCGCUGCCCUACAACCCCCUCUACCAGUACCCCUACCCCGGCCCCGUGGCCGCCUCGGGCGCCAAGAUGGGCAGCCACCCCGGGGGGCCGGUCGCCGCGGGGCACGUCAGCAUCCCCCGCUCCUGGCCCUCGGCUCACUCCGUCAGCAACAUCCUGGGCAUCCGCACCUUCGUGGAGCAAACAGGACCUCUGGCUGGGACAGAAGGAGCUGCCUACCCGCCGAAAAUGGAAGAUUGGCCCAGUGUGAACAGAACGGCCUUCCCUUCCCAGGGAGUCAAUGGGAUCGAUAAAGCUGCCAUGGAGACGGACAUUAAGUACCCGCAGCCAGCCCCGGGCCUCUCCGCCGUCAGCGGCUUCCUGCCGGCCUGCGCCUACCCCUCUUCCAACCAGCACGGAGUCUACGCCGGCCCCGGGGCGGGCUACCUCACUCCCGGCCACCCCUGGCAGGCGCAGGGCAGCUCCCUGGCGCACCACGGGCCCGGAGUGACGGCGCACGGGGGAGAGUUGGCCUUCAAGCACCCCGCCCGAGAAGCUGUGGACAGAAAACCUGCCAGUCCUGUCGGCAAACCUCAAGAAACCCUAAGUAGCAUACAUGGACUUUCGAUCCCAGCCUCAUCUUCCUAGAAUUUGCAGUGAAUCAUCCGUGAGAGAGAGAGAGAGGGAGAGGGAGAGAGUUUUGGAUCAGACACCCGUAGCUGUUACUUUGGGAAUGCAAUGGAACCUAAAAGCAUCACUCGCGUUUGGAGACACACCUUUGGAAAGGAAGAGGCUGGGUGUGAAACAAGCCCAGGCAAUACAAAGAGAAAGCGACUUUUAAAAGCAGAAGUUAGAGAGAUCUGGACGUUCACUGACUCUGUGCCUUGAGUGAGCGAUUUCCUUGGUCAAGUUGGCAGGUGGUGAAUGGAGACAAUUAUUUUCUUUCCUCCCCCCUGCCCCGGCCUUUUCUUUCUUUCACACAAGAGACCUCUGGAUCUAGCAAUCACCGACUUUUUCACUAGCCCUGCUGCCAUUGCCCAUUGCUUACAAAGCCACAGACUUUACUCUGGUGUGCGUUGACUCGAGAGAGAUUCAUUCAGCGUCCCCAAGGCCUGAAACCCAACAGUCUGGGCUCUCAACUGGUUUCUGCCAGGGGACAACAUCUCUCUCCACAAGUGUAAAUGGACAAACACACAACAUCAUUUUACGAUAUAUUUUUAUAAUAACAACACUUAAUAAAAAAGUGACUACA